UUUGUGAUUUUGAAUUGUUUACUGCGCUCAAUAUAUGAGUGUCGAGUUGGCGGGAUGUGGGGUUGGCUGUCCGCUGUGGGGACGAUCUCGUCGUUCCACUUCUGGAUGAUUUCGCUUGGAAUAAUAUCGUUUAUACUUGUUGCCAUCCCAGUUUUGAUAUGUACUGUUCAUUUAUUUAACAAGAAACCCCACCCUGCAACGUUGCCUAACAUGCGCAAACGGGAUUUUACUAUUCAAGAACUUAGACAGUUUGAUGGUAGUGGUGUAGAUGGCCGGAUUCUAAUUGCUGUCAACGGAAAUGUUUUUGAUGUUACCAAUAAUGGCAGGGAGUUUUAUGGAAAGGACGGGCCGUAUGCAAUUUUUGCUGGUCGUGAUGCUUCGAGAUCAUUGACAAUGUUCACGACUGACAUGCCCGCAUGUAGUGAUGAAUAUGAUGACCUUUCGGACCUUACUUCUGAUCAGAUGAAGAGCCUUAAGGAGUGGGAGCUUCAGUUUCGUGAGCGAUACCCACUGGUUGGAAAACUCUUAUCCCCCUCAGAGACCCACCACUUGUAUGAAAGUGCCGAAAAUGAUGAAUCACUUCAAGUUGAUAUUGGGACCGAUCCAACGAGACCCAAGGUCGAUUAG